AAGUUGUAUAUGUGAGAUCGAUUUAAGUUGUAUACAUGUUAUCAUCUGAUUAAUCGGCAUCGCAGGAAUAUCCAAAUUUCGUAGUCUUUUUGUGAUGAUUUAUGUAUAUCAGUCGGGGUCGUCUCAAGUGCCACUUUUCACAGUAAAUAUUUUAUUGCGCCACUGGUUGAGCUGAGUUCAUAUCACAAGUCUUCUGGGUUUUGGUGCGGCCUUGAACCCUCACCUUCAUUGGAUCUCUGCCUUCGUUUCCCCCUCUACCCCUUCUGUUUCUCUCUCUAGAGACUCCGCAUAUAAAGAUAUAUAUGCUCAAUUGGAUCUGCGGUGGUUCGCUCUGAAACUGAAUCAGCAUCUGUUCUCCGCUGUUAAUGGCGUCCCCUGGAAAUCCAAACCAAGCGGCAGCGUUUGAUAUGCACAAACUCUUCAAACCCACAAGCCCUAGCCCUCAAAACCCUAACAAUCUCAAUUCUUCUUCUCCAUUUCCACCCUCCUCUUAUCCUCCACCGCCUUCUGCCUCUUACCCUCCGCCCUCUGGCCCUUAUUCCUACCCUCCUCAAACCUCCCCAUUUCACCAUCAACAUCACUACCAUAUCCCCUACCCUCAAGAGCAACUCUCUAACAUGCACCACCAGCGCUCAGUUUCUUAUCCUACUCCUCUUCUUCAACCUCCGCCUCACCACCUUGCUCCUCCAAACCCUAACCCCGGUGCUCGAUUGAUGGCGCUCCUCAGCCCUCCGACCACCAAUCUUGAUUUGACGCAGCAGCCCGCCAUGCCGGUGGCUCCAAUUCAGCAGCCAGCUUCUGGGGUUUCCGAAUUUGCGGCCUCUCCCAAUGUUCCGAUCCUGCCUUCUGCCCCUCCGCCAGGGAUACCGAAUCCUGCUGUUGUCACUGCCAGCCCUGUGCGGAUGCCUAGCAGUAAGUUGCCCAAAGGGCGGAGAUUGGUGGGUGAGAAUGUGGUGUAUGAUGUGGAUGUUAGGCUGCAAGGCGAGGUGCAGCCUCAGCUUGAGGUCACUCCGAUCACCAAGUAUGUUUCCGAUCCUGGCCUCGUUUUAGGACGACAGAUUGCUGUCAAUAAAACCUAUAUAUGCUACGGGUUGAAAUUGGGGGCGAUUCGGGUGCUUAAUAUAAACACCGCACUGAGAUAUUUGCUCAGAGGUCAUGCUCAGAGGGUGACUGACAUGGCUUUCUUUGCUGAGGAUGUUCAUCUUUUAGCUAGUGCAAGCAUCAAUGGACGUGUUUAUGUAUGGAAGAUUUCUGAAGGUCCAGAUGAGGAAGAUAAGCCACAAAUUACAGGAAAGAUUGUGAUUGCCAUUCAAAUAGUAGGAGAGGGGGAAUCUGUAAAUCCAAGAGUUUGCUGGCACUGUCACAAACAAGAAGUUUUGGUUGUUGGGAUUGGAAAACGUAUUCUGAAGAUUGACACUACGAAAGUUGGAAAGGGUGAAUCUUAUUCUGCAGAUGAACCUCUCAACUGUCCAGUAGACAAGCUUAUUGAUGGGGUCCAAUUUAUUGGGAAACAUGAUGGAGAAGUGACUGAUCUGUCGAUGUGCCAAUGGAUGACCACUCGUUUAGUUUCUGCUUCAACGGAUGGCACGAUAAAGAUCUGGGAAGACCGCAAGACACUUCCUCUUCUGGUACUGAGGCCACAUGAUGGCCAUCCUGUCAAUUCGGCUACAUUCCUGACUGCUCCUCACCGCCCGGAUCACAUUAUUCUCAUAACUGCGGGCCCACUGAAUAGGGAAGUGAAGCUAUGGGCCACAGAAAGUGAAGAAGGCUGGCUGCUGCCUAGUGAUGCAGAAUCAUGGCAUUGUACUCAGACGUUGGACUUGAAGAGUUCAGCUGAACCUUGUGUUGAGGAGGCGUUCUUUAAUCAAGUGUUAGCAUUGUCUAAAUCUGGCCUUCUCUUACUUGCAAAUGCCAAAAAGAAUGCUAUAUAUGCUGUACAUUUGGAGUAUGGUUCUAAUCCUGCAGCAACCUGCAUGGACUAUAUAGCAGAGUUUACUGUCACUAUGCCUAUUUUAAGUUUUACUGGGACAAGUGAAUUAUUACAUGGUGAACAUGUUGUUCAGGUAUAUUGUUUCCAGACACAAGCUAUUCAGCAGUAUGCUUUGAACUUAUCCCAGUGUUUGCCACUGUUGCCGGAAAAUGUAGGGGUAGAGAAGUCUGACUCUGGUGUUUCACAUGAUGUGACUAAUGCAGAAGGUUUUGGCACCUUAGAGCCUCCUGGAAGUAAACUUACUGAGAUGCCUUUAACUAGUUCUGCACUCAAAUCAACUGUGCUAAUAAGUAGCUCUGAGAGUGAACCUGGUGUGAGAUUUCCUGUGAGCUCUGCUUCUAUUGAGUCUGCCACUUUGAGUCCAGAAUCUAAACCUGGUGCUUUACCUUUGGUCAAUAAUGACAAUGAUAUUGUUUCAAUUCCAUCACCACCUCUUCCUUUGAGUCCAAGGCUGUCAGGAAAGUUGUCUGGUUUUAGAAGUCCAACAAAUAACUUUGAACCAGGUCCCACCCUUGGCGAUCGUGGCGAUAGUGACCAAGUAGUUAUUGAUUAUUCAGUUGACAGGCAAAUAGAUACUGUUUGUACAACCCUCUCUGAUUUGCCUUCUUUAGAUGAUGAUUCAAGGAAUGAUGAAAACAAAGUUGCACAAGAUGACAGUUCUACCAUUCUAAAUCCUACUGUCAUGUUCAAACAUCCAACACAUCUGAUUACUCCUUCUGAGAUAUUCAUGGCCGUUUCAUCUGCUGAAGCUACCCAUAGCACUGAGAGUAAGAGUGAGGGAGAGGCCAAUAUUCAAGAUGUCUCUAUCAACAGUGAUGUGAGCAAUGUUGAGGUGGAGGUUAAAGUUGUGGGUGAAACAGGAUCAACUCAGAAUGAUGAAUUUGGCUUGCAAGGAGAAUCUCAGAAUCUUGCUUUAGAAAAUAAGGAGAAAGCCUUUUGCUCCCAGGCUUCAGAUCUUGGAAUUGAGAUGGCCAAAGAGUGCAGUGCAUUAUCAUCUGAAACUUAUGUUGUGGAGGAAUCUCGGCAAGUUGAUGGUGCUAGAAUGGAGGCAUUGGCCCGGCCUUCAAAUGCAGGUGAGGAUGAAGUGAUUGAUGCUAUAAAAGAUGUGUCUGGAAAAGUAGCUGAUUCCGCCAUGCCUACAACAGUUCCUCAAUCACCAGCACCAACUACAAAAGGGAAAAAGCAUAAGGGGAAAAACUCUCAAGUAUCCCCAUCUCCAACUGCUUUCAAUUCUACCGAUUCUUCCAAUGAGCCAGGUGCAAAUUUGAGUAGCCCUUCAGUGGAAGCUGCUGUUCCCCAUAUUCUGGCUAUGCAGGAGACACUUAAUCAGCUUUUGUCCAUGCAAAAAGAAAUGCAGAAGCAGAUAUCAGUAUUAGUUGCUGUCCCAGUUACCAAAGAAGGUAGAAGAUUAGAGGCUACUCUAGGACGGAGUAUGGAGAAAUCUGUCAAGGCCAAUGCUGAUGCUUUGUGGGCUAAUAUCCUAGAAGAGAAUGCGAAACAUGAGAAGUUAGUACGAGAUCGUACACAGCAGAUAACAAGUUUGAUUACUAAUAGUUUGAACAAGGACUUGCCAGCCAUAUUGGAGAAAACAGUGAAAAAGGAAAUGGCUGCAGUUGUACCAGCUGUAGCUCGCACAAUUACGCCUGUUGUUGAGAAAACAAUUUCCUCGGCUAUCACAGAGACCUUCCAGAGAGGAGUUGGUGAUAAGGCAUUGAAUCAAGUGGAGAAAUCAAUUAAUUCAAAACUUGAAGCCACUGUUGCUAGGCAAAUUCAAGUACAGUUUCAAACUUCUGGCAAACAAGCUCUUCAGGAUGCAUUAAAAUCCAAUCUGGAAGCUUCAGUGGUCCCAGCGUUUGAGAUGUCAUGCAAAGCAAUGUUUGACCAAGUUGACUCUACAUUUCAAAAAGGAAUGGUUGAGCAUGCCACUACAGUUCAGCAGCAAUUUGAAUCCACCCAUUCUCCUUUAGCACUUGCUUUAAGGGAUGCCAUUAAUUCAGCAUCAUCAAUGACUCAAACUUUAAGUGGAGAAUUGGCUGAUGGUCAACGAAAGCUCUUAGCUCUUGCAGCUGCAGGGGCAAACCCUACAUCAGUGAAUCCCCUGGUUACUCAACUGAGUAAUGGACCUUUGGGUGGUCUCCAUGACAAGGUUGAGAUGCCUUUGGAUCCAACAAAGGAGCUAUCUAGAUUGAUAUCUGAACGCAAAUAUGAAGAGGCUUUCAAUGGAGCCCUACAACGAAGUGAUGUCUCUAUCGUGUCAUGGUUGUGUUCUCAGGUUGAUCUGCAAGGGAUUUUGUCAAUGGUUCCUCUCCCAUUGAGCCAAGGAGUACUGCUCUCCCUUCUGCAGCAGUUGGCCUGUGACAUCAACAAGGAUACACCCCGAAAAUUGGGAUGGAUGACAGAUGUGGCAGUAGUCAUAAACCCAGGAGACCCCAUGAUCGCAAUGCAUGUGCGGCCCAUCUUCGAUCAGGUCUAUCAGAUACUAAACCAUCAUCGAUCCCUACCCACCACAACCAGUUCCCAAGGUCAAAGCAUCCGCCUUCUUAUGCAUGUCAUCAACUCCAUGCUGAUGACCUGUAAAUGAUUGUCGCAUCCUGCCCCUGCUGCAGGGUAAAUAACAUGAGAAGUGUUGAUGUAAAAGAGGAAAGGCUUGUAAAAAGUUGUAGGGGUCCCUGCGGGGGUUGGGUUUGGAAAUCCAUGUAGAGUCAGUCAGUCAGUUAUCCUUCAAUCUUGUGAAAUAGCUCAGUUGGGAUUUCAUUUCUAGUUCCAUGUCUUUUGUCAAAGCUUUCUCCCAACAUGAAAUUUUGUAAUUUCCUUGCUGAAUUGUGCAUUUUUGUUUUUUAUUUUAAAUUUUAUAUUUGGCAAUUUAAAAACCCGCUUUUCUUUAGAAA